AUGAAGCAUCGUAUCUCGACAUGGGCCGAUGAUUUAGAAGUGAGUCAGAUCCGUACCUUGCCUGUGCCAUCCUUGGCUCAGCUCUUGCACACAAAUGAGCGUAUCGCUAGUGUUGCGCACAACGCUGCGGAGCGCUUUCCAUCGCUGCAUGUACGCAUUGCGGCUCGACCGACACCUAGUGCUCAUGUCUGCCUCGAUAUCAGUGUGUGGCGCACAUUUGUGUGGGAUGAGCGUAUACAUGGUGCCUCUUUGCCAAUUGUCUGGUGGGUCCAGGACGCGACACAGCGUGUCGUGUACAUGGACCGACUGACUCUGCGGCCCACGCAGGGCUCCUUCGACAAAGGUAGCACUGACAACGUCAGCCAUCCUUUCGAGCGCGAACAUGGCCAGUACCAAAUGCAAGUGUACGUACCCCUGUCACCUGCAGAUGUGCGUCCGACGUCGGAAGCAGCCUGUGAAUUUGUGUGGUCCUCACUGCACUGGCUUCACGCUGAGGGAUCGGUGUUCAUGAAUGUUGAUCAUCUUGAAUGUCCUUCACCCACGCCCAGCACGACCCUUCUUCCCCUCCCUUUGUUGCCACUUGCCUCUCUACAGGACAUGCCAUUAGCUGAUGGACUGGGCCAUGUUCACACCUUGAAUGCGAUCCAAACGCAGGUUUUCCACACGUUGUCGCACUCGCGAGCAAACGUGUUACUAUGUGCACCAUAUGGCUCGGGUAAAUGGACGGCCGCGCUGUUUGCUAUUGCGCGCGCAUUCAAACAGGAUUCAGAAGCUGGCGGGGCCGCCAGCAGCAGCAAGAACAGCGCUGCAUCGUCGGGUAUGAUUCUUAUCAUUGAGCCAGAUGCAAAACGCAUCGGAAGUCGAAUCGAUACACUUACGAAGCUCGCUCCAUUUUUGGGCGACAUACACAGUGUACAUGCGUCAUCGACUCUCGAGCAUUGCAUGCCGCGGUCCAUUGUCAUCAUGACACCAGCAGAUGCAGCGAAUGCGCUAAGCGGAGCGACCGCUGCUCAUGCCCAGUUUCCGACACUGUCACUCGUGAUAUGCCUUCACAUUCACAAACUCACGCCUGCAUACGAGUUAGCGAUCAUGCAGAUUCGCCGAGCACAACCAUCAAGAUGUAUUGCCACUGCACAAUGCCUCAGCACAGCAGCAAGCUUCGCAGCCUGGCUCCAUAUACCCACACAUGCCAUGUCUGCAUUUGCUCCGUCGGAUACACCCUACCCAGUGUCUAUGUCAUUUGAUACGGUCGAUAUACCAUACUCCGAGACGCUUGUGCGUGCGUACGCUAAGCCAGCCUUUGAUUGUCUCGAGACGCAUGAGGGUGAGGUGGGUCUUCUGUUUGCUCCUACACGUGCGCAGUGCAUCACAGCGGCACAAGAGCUCACGGCACGAUUCGCGAUGAAAGGGUUUACAGCGCAUCCCGACGUCGAGAGUGCUGCACAAUCGAUCCAGCAUCAGGGCCUAGCACAUCUCGUGCGCCAAGGCCUUGCUUUCUGGCAUACAAACCUUUCAGAACGGGAUCGGAGCACAGUCGAGCGUCUUGCCGACAUGCGAUGGAUUCGCGCUGUUUUGUGCUCGUUUGAGGCAGCCGAAGACGUGCCGAUCCAAACGUCUCUCGUCAUUGUCCUUGGCACGCAAUACACGACACAUGCGUCACGGCAUGUUCAAGAAUACUCGCUUGAACAGCUUUGGUCGAUGCAGCGGCACGCCGUUCGACCGAAUUCUACGAGCGGCGAAUUUCACGUGUUAUGCCAGCAGCAGAUGCGUCCUUCACUGGAGCGCCUACUUCAGACGCCGCUCGCCGUCGAGUCGAGUCUAUCGGAGCGCAGUCCAUCCGUCCUGGAAGCACUUGCACAUGAGGUAAUGGCGCAGCGUGUCAUGACACGUCGCGAUAUCGUUAUGUGGCUUAGCACGUCAUACUUGGCAAUCCGAGUGCGAUCGAAUCCCGCUUGGUAUGGGGCGCCAGGUGAAAACGAGCGUACGGACCCUAGCACCCACGUAUCCAGUAUGGCUGAUGCCCUCUUGGCACAGGGUGAACGCCUCAGCUUGUGGCAUGUGGACGAAAAUGAUCAUAUCCAUGCCUCGUUUAUUGCGCAAACAGCACCACCUGGAGGCAUUCAGCGUCUCUGUGCCUUUGUCGAUACAGUAUUGCUGUGGCGCAAAAUGCCGGAUGCCGUACAUCAUCAAGACAUAUUCAAUGUUGAUGGAGUGGAAGCCAGUGCCUUUGAUAACGAUGGUAGCAUCGCUCGUGAGGCCGACCAAGCUAACGCGAAGGUCACGCAGCCUGAGGGGCUGCAAGAGAAUUGUGCGAAAACGAUGCUUGAAGCCGUUGAUGCGCUUGAACGACCAACACUUCCGCGGAUUGUGCUAGCACACUGGCUCACGCCGCUUGUGAGCACACGCACGCUGUAUGAGCUAGAUCAGGUGCUCAUCCUAAAAGCCGGUGGACAUGCAGCAGGUCGAAUCAUGCAGAUCCGACAUGCUAUUCUCCGGCGCAUCAUGUCAGGCCCAGGUACUCCGCCGUAA